CUCACGUCUAGGAACUUACAGUUACCGUGUGGGGAAUGGAGGAUCCGACCGGAAUACCCGGUGCCCUAAGCCUUACACCCUGAGACCAACGGGAUCCGAGACAUGGCGCCUCUGGCGGUUCUCUUGCUGCUCUUCCUCUGCCUCACGUGCGGAGGAAGCGGCAGUACGGUGUCCCUGCCAGAAACACUGCUUUUUGUAUCCACACUUGAUGGGAGCCUUCACGCCAUCAGCAAGCGCACUGGCUCCAUCAGAUGGACCCUUAAAGAAGAUCCAGUACUGCAAGUUCCAACACACGUCACAGAACCUGCUUUCCUCCCGGACCCAAAUGAUGGUAGCCUCUACACUCUGGGAAGUAAGAACAAGGAAGGACUGACGAAACUUCCAUUUACCAUCCCAGAGCUGGUCCAGGCCUCUCCCUGCCGGAGCUCAGAUGGCAUGUUGUAUAUGGGCAAGAAGCAGGAUAUUUGGUACGUCAUUGACCUGGUGACUGGUGAGAAGCAACAGACUCUGACAUCCUCCUUUGCCGAGAGUCUCUGCCCAUCAACCUCACUGCUGUACCUGGGGAGGACAGAAUACACCAUCACUAUGUAUGACACAAAGAAUAAAGUGCUGCACUGGAACGCCACUUACCAUGACUAUGCUGCUACUCUUCCUGACGAGGGCACUGAAUACAAAAUGUCCCACUUUGUGUCCAAUGGGGACGGAAUGGUGGUGACUGUGGACAGUGAAUCGGGGGACGUGCUCUGGAUACAGAACUAUGCCUCGCCAGUGGUGGCACUGUAUAUGUGGCAGCGAGAAGGCUUGAGAAAGGUGCGGCACACCAAUGUGGCAGUGGAGACUCUGCGCUACCUGACCUUCAUGUCCGGAGAGGUUGGCCGCAUAACCAAGUGGAAAUAUCCUUUCCCCAAAGAGACAGAGACCAAGAGCAAACUCAUGCCUACUUUGUACGUGGGCAAAUACUCCACCAGUCUCUAUGCUUCCUUCUCACUGGUCCAUGAAGGCGUCACUGUGGUGCCAAGAGGGAGGGCAAUUCCACUGCUGGAUGGUCCCACAACUGACGGGGUGACCAUUGAGGAGAACGGGGAGUGUGAGUUCACGCCCAGCACAGAUCUGAAAAUUCCUGCAGGGAUCAAACCAAAGGACAAGCUGAGUUACUGGCGCAACCAAUGGCUGCUCAUAGGGCACCACGAGGUCCCUAACUCUGCACCAACCAAGAUCCUUGAGAACUUCCCUGCUUCCCUGCCUCGUGGCCAGGAAAAUGUCAUAGAGACCGGUGCAGAAAAGCCGCGCAUUCCAGAGGAAGUUCUGGACAUGGCAAAUGAGGCAUCUGAGGGUCUGGGCACUUCUUACUCACAGGAUCUAAGUGACAUUUCUCGACCAGUCCCUCCCAAGCCAGAAGCUCCUGUAGACUCCAUGCUCAAAGAUAUGGCAACAAUAAUAUUCAGCACUUUCCUGCUGGCUGGCUGGGUGGCCUUUGUCAUCACAUACCCAAAGCAGACAGUACAACAGCAGCAGCAGCUGCAGCACCAGCAGUUUCAGAAGCAGUUGGAAGAAAAGAUUCAGCUCCUGCAGAUGCAGAAUGUUCCGUUCCAGUCUCCGGCUGAUUUGUCCCCAGAUGGAGAUUAUUUGGAUAUCUCUGGGGGGCAGGGGGAAGGCUCUACUGUCAGCUCUCCCAAUGUGUCCCCAAAGGCUUCCAACCACUCUGUGUGUUCCAACAUAUCUGCAUCAGAGGGCGCCAGUGUUAUCUCCACAGAGCACGAGGAUGCAGAUGAGGACAGGCAUGUGGCCGUGGGUAAAAUCUCAUUUAAUCCGAGGGAAGUUCUGGGUCACGGAGCUGAGGGGACCAUUGUGUACAGGGGGCACUUUGAUAACCGGGACGUGGCAGUGAAAAGAAUUCUCCCAGAAUGCUUCAGUUUUGCAGACAGGGAGGUGCAGCUUCUGAGAGAAUCAGAUGAACAUCCCAAUGUGAUUCGCUAUUUCUGCACCGAGAGGGAUCGGCAGUUCCAGUACAUCGCCAUAGAGCUGUGUACUGCCACCCUGCAGGAGUAUGUAGAAGAGAAGGACUUUGAUAGACACGGCUUGGAACCAAUCACGUUGCUGGAGCAGACUAUUUCGGGACUUUCCUACUUGCAUUCACUCAACAUCGUGCACAGAGACCUGAAGCCUCACAAUAUCCUGAUCUCCAUGCCCAAUGCCCAUGGAAAGGUGAAAGCCAUGAUUUCAGACUUUGGCCUGUGCAAGAAGUUGGCAGUAGGAAGGAAUAGUUUCAGCCGGAGAUCUGGAGUCCCAGGGACCGAGGGAUGGAUCGCCCCAGAAAUGCUGUGUGAAGAUAGUAAAGAAAAUCCGACCUACACAGUGGAUAUCUUCUCUGCUGGCUGUCUCUUUUACUAUGUGAUAUCGGAAGGGAAACAUCCGUUUGGCAAGUCCCUGCAGCGGCAAGCCAACAUCCUCCUGGGCACCUACAGUCUUGACUGCUUAGACUUAGGCAAGCAUGAGGACCUUGUUGCCCACCAGCUUAUUGAAGAGAUGAUAAAUAAAGACCCACAGAGACGCCCCUCUGCUCCGGCUGUGCUCAAGCACCCCUUUUUCUGGAGUCUGGAUAAACAACUUCAGUUCUUCCAGGAUGUGAGUGACAGAAUAGAGAAAGAGGCUCUGGAUGGGCCCUUGGUGAAACAGCUGGAGAGAGGAGGAAGAUCUGUGGUACAAAUGGACUGGAGGCAACAUAUCACUGUCCCACUGCAAACAGAUCUAAGGAAAUUCCGCAGCUAUAAAGGCAAUUCUGUACGAGACCUUCUCCGGGCAUUGCGCAACAAGAAACAUCACUACAGGGAGCUGCCGGCUGAGGUGCAGGAAACGUUGGGGGGUGUCCCAGAUGAUUUUGUUCGUUACUUCACAUCCCGAUUUCCCAGUCUGCUCUUACACACUUACCUUGCUAUGCACAUGUGCAGCCACGAGAGACCCUUCCAGCCUUACUAUCACAGCGAUCCCUCCACGUUCUGUCCUGACGUGGCUUGAGAGGGCUCUGUGUGGCAUAUGGUGGACAGUGGAAGAAGAAGAGUGGGGCACAACUAAGGCCCCGCACAAUGUGCCUUAAGUACUGACUUGGCGCUAGCUAGGCACACAGGGUUCUGUGUAAGUGUUUGACACCUGCCUGGCACCAUGUAAGGAUAAGUGACAUAUUAUUGUUGCACUAGGGCAUCACUCGCCAGGUGGGUUUUAGUCUGGCUGCAGCCCACUCUGAAUGUUGGGUUAUGCCGGACAGGGUGUGGGGUUAUUCCUGGCAGAGGAGCGGGUCUUUGCCUGUCUGGAAGGGGGUGGGGAGGUUAUUCCUGGCACAGGAUCAGGUCUGUGCCCAUCUGUGAUUAGGUUUUUUUAACGUAUGUUUCAAAAAUGUUGACAUUUAUUAACAAAGGGCGCAGCUUAUUUCCUAGCAUUUGCCCCUGGGCUCACUGGGGCAAGUAUGUGAUGCCCCCUAUAUUACACUUGGGUGGGAGAAGGGAAGGCCUGGGAUGGGCUUCUGUUGCAUCUCAAUCCCUUGGGGAUGUGUAUGAAGUAUUUGCCCACCCCCUGGGCCCAUUGUGUUUUGGGAGAAGGGAGGGGGGGGCUGAAAGGGGUACGAGGGGCAUUUUUACUUUUAUUACUUUUCUUACUUAAUGUGGUCGGCUGAUGAGGAGGAGGAGGAGAACGCAGCGCAGUCGAGCACUGGAUUUUAGAGAGAUUUUAUUGGCAAGUUUGGUGAAAGAGCAAAUGAACCUGCUGCUUUAUAUUGGGGGGGGGGGCGCAUACCCUAGAUUUAUACCCUGGGCACAACUCGCCCACCUCUCAGGCUUCUUUAUCAAUAAAUCUCUUUUUAUUCAGAA